UUAUAGCUUCGUUAGGUGUGUGUUGUGUCGAUGUGUACAUUUUUUCCAGCAAAUGAUUGAUAGUAUUGGGAUAAAGCAAGGAAAUUUAUAAAAUGCCCACUGCAGACAAGAGGAAAGGCGACGAGAUCCUGGCUCUCGUGCCAGCCUCAAAGAGGACAAAGAAUGAAGUGGUGUUCAGUAGCAGAGAAAAAGCUGUCGUCCAGAAUGGUCCACCACGAACGUCCUCCCUGAUCGCACCGAUUAUGCUGUUGGAGGGACAUCAGGGUGAUAUUUUCUCACUGGAAUUCCACCCGGAAGGACAGUAUCUCGUGUCUACGGGUUUCGAUCGGCAAAUUUUCAUUUGGAAUGUUUAUGGCGAAUGUGAAAAUAUUGGAGCUAUGUCUGGUCACAGUGGAGCAGUGAUGGAGAUCCAUUGCAGUUCCGAUGGAAAUCUCCUGUAUUCAGCUAGCACAGAUAUGACUCUGGGCUUGUGGGACAUAAUAGCAGGAACGAGAAUAAAGAAACUCAAGGGCCACACCUCCUUCGUUAAUUCAGUGGCCGGAGCACGCAGAGGCCCAACACAACUAUGCUCUGGAAGCGAUGACAGCACUAUCAGAAUCUGGGAUCCAAGGAAACGGGGUCAAUGUUACACUUUGAAUAACACGUAUCAAGUAACAGCAGUUACGUUCAAUGAUACAGCUGAGCAAGUCAUCAGCGGGGGAAUCGACAAUGAUAUCAAAGUAUGGGAUUUACGAAAAAAUUCGGUUCUCUACAAGUUGAAAGGGCAUUCCGAUACCGUCACUGGCAUCAGCUUGAGUCCAGAUGGCUCGUACGUACUAUCAAAUUCUAUGGACAAUACUUUGAGAAUUUGGGACGUUCGACCAUUCGCUCCAUACGAAAGAUGUGUCAAAAUGUUGUCUGGUCAUCAGCACAAUUUUGAAAAGAAUUUGUUGAGGUGUGCUUGGUCUCCAGACGGUAGCAAGGUCUCGGCAGGCUCUUCUGACCGAUUCCACUAUAUUUGGGACACGACGACUAGACGGAUUUUGUACAAAUUACCCGGUCACAACGGAUCUGUCAACGAUGUUGACUUCCACCCGAAAGAACCCAUUGUUUGCUCUGGAUCAAGUGAUAAACAGAUAUAUUUGGGAGAGAUUGAACCAUGAAUUAUGAGGGUAGAAUGAAAAUUGUGCUGUGGACGUUCCAGAUAGAUAUGACUGCAAGGGGUGCGAACAUUUUUGAGACGUGACAAAAUAAAUUAGAAUCUUUAUAAGAA